UAUAAACAGAUCCAGCAAUUAAAAGAAUGGCGUCAUUAUUUGUAAACACUGAACGAUCGAUCAUUUCUUUGCUGCCAUCAUCUCAGCGCUCUUCCACAGCUUACUGAGAAAUCGCUAAGUUAAUUUAACAAAGAAUGUUAAAUUGAUAGCCCUUCAGCGAUAAUUGCUUCCGACCAUUUUGUUAUCGUGUCAAUGUAUUUUCGAUAAAUAUAACCACGCACUCGCCGAAUCGUCAAUCAUUUGUGGUGAAACCUUUUUAGAGACAUGUUCAAAUUUUUUAUUGUUUUACACAGUUUCGUGUUACUGGCCAGUGCAAAAGAAUGUAAAUCUGGUCAGAACUGUGAGUUAAGGUGUUGUACCAUACCUGCGGGUGAUGUAAUCUGUCGUGAGAGAUGUUUGGGGUUAUCAUGUGAACUUGAUGUACAUUGUGAUGGCGACUGCUGUGUAAACUCGACAUGUAGCAGUUGUCUUCUGAAAAGGUUUGUAAACGUUUGGUUGUAAAAGUUUUCAUUUUAGAUUAAAACUCACGAUAUGUUAAAUUAUUAUUAUUAUUAUUAUUACUUUUUCUAAUUAAUCGACCAAAGAUACUUUUUUAUAAAUUCAAUAUAAAUUUGUGAAUGACAAACUAAACUUAAACAAGACGCUUUACGGAGCGUUAACUCGCUGGGGCUAUACAAAUACGCACAUUAUUGUACAUGAUCACACGCCAAUACAUAGCGGAAAAGUCGAAAACGAGCGCGAAAGGCUUAACACAGUACUAAAAUGCGGUAGGCCCUAUACCCUGCCCUACCCUACACUACAAGUAAAGUUAUAUUCAACCUCGCAUCGCAGGGCUGAAAGACCCUGGCUUGCAACUUGCAAGGUUGAGUUAUGCAACCUUCUUCAAGAACUGUCAGCCGCCAGUUAAUUGGUCCGUACGCUAGGCCUAGGAUUAAACUGCGCUUUAAAACGUUCAAAAUAAAAUAUUUUUGAGCUCAAAAUACUAUCAAAAUGAAGGCUGGAGAGAGACGAAUCCACUGGUAUACGGCCGAAAAAGAGAAAGCAAAUGAUACCAAAGUUAUCAAGGAUAAAACGUACUGUAUUUUUUAUAAUUAGCUUAAUAAUUUUGAGCGAUUUAUCAAGAACACAAUUUCGCUUGAUUUUCAAAGACAAAGACCAUAAAUCCGCUAGAAUACUGUUGUUUAGUAAUACAUUUGACAUCCGUAAUUAGUACAAUUUCUAACCCUGGAUGGUCGGUGGAUACAUCCUUAUGGCGCCAUUAGGCAUUACAAAACACUAUGAACGUACUGCGAGCUAUUUGUCAAAAUUACGUAAACAAUACAAUUUGACCAAUUUCGCUUGAUUUUCAAAGGCCAUAAAUCGCUAGAAUACUGCUGUUUUGUAAUACAUUUGACAUCCGUGAGUACAAUUUCUUACGCUGAAUAAAACGGUGGUAUUUUUAUCCUUAUUGCGCCAUUAGGCAUUACAAAUACAAGAACGUCUGUAGCGCGAGUGAUUUCUCAACAAUAGUAUACGUACUGCGAACGAUUUAUCGACAAAUACAAUUUCGCUUCAUUUUCAAAGGCCAUAAAUCGCUAGAAUACUGGUGUUUUGUAAUACACUUGACAUCCGUAAGUACAAUUUCUUACGCUGAAUCGAACGGUGUUGCUUCGGUUCUCUAUAUUAAAAUUUUAUAAACUUAGGGACGGACCAUUUGAUUUUUCAUGGGGGGGGGGGCGCAUUUUUGAGAGUGCUCGAUUUUUUUUUGGACCUCACCGACUCCGCACGAUUUUUUUUUAUCGAAUCUUGCCGCGUGCACGAUAUUUUUUUAAAUUUUUACUAUAGCGUUAAUACAAUAAUAACCACGUAUGGUUAUAUUCCGGUUGAAGAAUGUAUUUGAAUAUACAGCAUAUAACCACAAAAUAGGAAAGUAUAGCAGAAGUGUAACCCACGAAAAUUUUAACUCGCUCACGCCAUCCUGGCUAGUACAGCCGGAAGUUUUUAUCAGGUUUUGAUAGGUACAAAGUGCCGGUUGUACUAGCCAGGAUGGCGUGAUCGAUGAUCGGACGAAUCGCUUGUAAAAACGCGGACAAAUACUUGCUUGAGUGAGACUUCUGGUAUAUCUUCCUAUUCUAUGAUAUAACUAUCACAGCCCAUUUUAUACUUGGCCAAUUUUAUACUUGGCCCAUUUUAUACGGGGCUAUGGUCUACGAAAUGUACACCAUAGUCCCAAUCAAAAUUGGAUCAAGUGUAUCAAAGUGUGUAACCCAUUUUGCAUUGGCGUAAUGGCAUCUAUAUACAAAUUCUCACGGUAUUAUUCCCAAUCGUAUCAGUGUUCCCAAUACGUAUUAUAAACUGCGAUUUUUAUUCAGAAUCAGAGAGCGAUAUUAAUGAGCCCGGUGGGAAAGGGUAUUUUUGUGACCCGUGAAUGCAGUGGCUUAGCCAGACUAUAAUUUUUGGGAGGGCAUAUAUCGAACGCCGAAGGCGUAAGACUUUUUAGGGGGGUCCGGGGGCAUUCUCCCCCGGGAAAAUUUUGAAAUCUGGAGUCCCUCAAUGGCGAUUUCCCGUGUUUCUGGGGAGAGAUUUUGCAUAAUUCUGAAGAUUAUUUACUGCAGGAAAGACCGGAUUUUUAAUGACUUCUCAAUAAUGUGGAUCCUUAAUUUGACUCAACGAAGCUUACUUGGUCGCGUGUGAAUAGUUAAAUCGAAGUUUUAAAACGCAUUUUAACCAAUAACCACCACAAUCGUUGUGGGAUAAUUGUGGAAUUGGGCUCAAAGAUAAGUAACAAAAAUACCAAAAUCGUGCUGCAAGAGUAAUUACUGGGGCAACUUACGAUAUUCGGUCAUCUGAGUUACUCAAUAAUCUAAAUUGGAAACCUCUAGAAGAAAGACGAAAUUAUCUUAAAUCUAUUUUCAUCUAUAAAGUUCUGAAUGGCCACACCGCACCAAAUCUUAAAGAAGCAUUUCAUUUUAAUAAUGAAAGACAUAAUACUUACAAUCUUAGAAAUACGGAUACUGAUUUAGCACCACCUAUGCCGAAAAAAGAAUUCGGCAAGAGGUGCUUCAGUUAUAAUGGUGCCUUGCAUUGGAAUAAUCUUCCCCAUGAGGCAAAAAUUGCUGAAUCCCUAAGCUCUUUCAAGUCGAUAUUGAAACAAAGAAUGAGUUGAAAUUUGCUUGUGUAUAAUCGCGCAGCUAAAAUCAAUUGUAUUUAUUUAUUUUGUUAUAUUUUGUAUUUCCUGUAUAUAGUUAACUUUUUGUAAAUAGGUAAUUUCACGCCCCUCAUGGAAACCAGCCUUCCAACGGCUGUUGAGGCUAGCGUGGUCUAAAUAAAGUUUUGUAUGUAUGUAUGUAUAGGCAUUAUUUUCUGUAGUUAGAUUUAGGAAAGAUUAGAACUUUUAUAGACAAUUUGGUGAACAGGUGAGAUUGGUAGACACAUGGGUAGUCAUCGUCCCCCCCCCUAAUUUCUACCCGGAUUUCAUCUUUUUACAAGGGCAGUCCAUCAGCCUAUUGGGGGGGGGGGGGCUGAGCCCCCCCCUUGUCUACGCCACAGCGUCGGAAUGGUCAAUAUUUGAUCGUGUGAAAUGCUUGAUUUUACUGUCAUGAUCUGUGAUUUGUUCUACAGCCGUGAGGCGUGAUUGUCGAUCAAAAAAUGCUCCGUGAAAUGGGAAUUAAGGAUGUCUGUUUCGUGAACUGUGAUUUUGAUUUGUUUAUUCCGAUCUAUUUUAUAAUAGUGAUAAUGGACAUAAUACGCGAUAAUAAUUUAUAUGAUCGAUCUCACUCGAUUGCACAAGAGUAGAAACUUCGGAGGCCUUUCGGAGAUCGUCGGACGUACUCAUCACUCAAACUUGUAAGUAGUUUUUAACUGCCAGGCAGAGAAGAGAACUUAAAGCGUAGUACUGUACCAUGCAUUAAACAUAAUCUUAAAGCUAUUAUUAUUAUAUUAUUUUUAUUAGUCUCGUUAUCCGUGAAAUGUGAAAUUGCUUUUUUAUGGCACGUGAAUUGUGAAACGCUAUUUUUUUUGUUGUGAAACGUGAAUCAUACCCCCCCCCCCUUCCCACCCUCAUUAAUCGAUGUCGAAUUUACAGAAGUGUGGGAGUUUCAGUGUUAAGAUUGGGUUUUUUAGGGAUACCACUAAGGUAAUUUGUGGAUAAUUGAAUUAUUGAAGUCAAAGUUGUCAGAACUGGUUUGUAUCGGUUUGUAUUUUGCAUGUAUACCAAGGCAGAACCGAAACACUCAACAGAAAAAAACUAAGGGAAACUGAAUUUUUCUUUCAAUAUAGAGUAUUGCUAAUUUAGAAUUUUUUUGUGCUCGAUAUUUUUUUUUUGCUGGUGUUAGUGAUGUUCGAUUUUUUUUUCUUCCAUUCGAUACAUGCUCGAUAUUUUUUUUCGGAUUUGCGCCCCAUGAAAAAUCAAAUGGUCCGUCCCUUACUUGCGAUUUGCGAAGGCUGUUUCCAUGCGAAAUUCCUUGUAAAAUUGUUCAAUUUUCCCGAAUUUUCCUCAAAAUGCAGGGUUAUUUAUGGAUAAUUUGGGUAAAAUUGGCAGAAGCCUUACGGAUAAUUGGGGGGAAAAUUAGGCAACUUAUUAAUAUUCUAUUUUGUGGCUAUCAACGACGAUCGGAAAUCUGACAUCCACCACGGGUGCCCAGAGACGCGUGCCGAAACCUAUACUCGCCAGGGCACAGAGUGCCCCAGCGAGUAAUUACUUUACAAAUUAUAUUAUCAUCGACUUUUUAUCUUACAUAAUAAUAAUAAUUCUUAUUAUAGGCCUAAUAGUUUUGCUUGUGGAAACACCACGUAAAUUUAUUACUGCAAAGCUUUCGAUCCGUAAGCCCGGAUCUUCAUCAAUGCUAAUAUGUUUACUUAAUAUUAUUAGCACUGAUGAAGAUCCGGGCUUACGGAUCGAAAGCUUUGCAGUAAUAAAUUUACGUGGUGUUUCCACAAACAAAACUAUUAUAUGUUUUAUCGCCAUGCAAACGUACAAAGAACUUAAUCAUUUUAUUAUUAUACAUUGUAUAGUAGGUAAAAGCAAUUUGAUUGGCUAAGAGCUUACCGUUAAAUCGCGCAAUCACCGCGCACCCUACAGAAAAUUCAGUUAUCUGCUAGCAGAUAACCGAGUUAUCUGCAAAUGAGCCUGUGAUGCGGUACUACUUGACAUAAAUGAAUGUAUAAUAAAACAAUUAUUGAAUUCGUUUUUUUGCGAUAUGCAAAAUAAUCAAGGUUUCGGUACGCGUCAUCAGCCUCGCCUUCAGCUCGGCUGAUAACGCUUACCUCGACAAUUCCGCAUAUCACAAAAACCUCAUCCAAUAAUUGUUAAUGAUUACCGAUCACUCAUACCUAGUUACGGACCUCUAUGAACGACGUUGACUUUAGUAUAUUACUAUUCGCAGUUCAACUCGGCCUUCAUCACAAAAACCUUCAAAAGUCGCAGCUGAGACGAAGACGAUGAUGAAUCGACCGACAAACAACGUUCAUGGCUGUUCGAGAUUCAAUAACCAAUGCCCCAGUGGAUGCUGUAUCGAUGGACAAUGUGUUGACAGUUCUCACUGUGUACCUAUCAAAGCACCCCGGGGCGGUAGGGGAGGCGGUAGAGGAGGUGGGCGUGCAACUUACAAAGGAUCAGGAGGUGGGGGUUCUGGAGAUGGCGACAUGCCGGCCUGGGGGUGGGCAGUUAUUUUUGGGGGUAUAUUUCUAUUAACUCUCUGCAUUCUUAUAAUAAAACAGAGCUGUUGUGACUAAGUAUAUAUAGACUGGUAAGGCAAAUGGAGAAAAUGAAGCCAAAUAAAAUGUUUCUUUCGGAAACUUUUUCAAACUUACAAUAUUUGAUAAAUACAUAUUUAUAUCUAAAUACAUGUAUAUUCAUGUUUAGGUAAAUCAUUUCAAGCAUAUAAGGUCUUGAAAUUUCGACACUUUUCUGUACAGCCUGUUUUUGGAAGCUGACAUGAUUUUAAAUUGGGCUUGUUAUGCAAAUAUUAUUCGUGUUGGCUACGGUUAGUUGCAGCAAACGUUUAUUGCAUAACACCCAUCGCCGACCGCCGACAAAAUAAUAUGUAUUAGAAAAACUCAACACUUCUUACGACACAGAAAUUCUCUUUUGGG